AGAGAAGGCUGCCUCUGGCAGCUGAAGAAUGAAGUCCCCUUCUUGUUGCCUGUCCCUUUCUUCAGGAGCAUCUGGAGAGGAGCUGGGUGAGAGCACAUCAUUUGGAUCUGUGGAGUCCAGCGUCUUCUGUAGCGAGGAGGAGCCAGGAACCUUGCUGCGGCCGGUGGCCCCUUCCUUGGACUGCAUCACAGUCAAUGUGGGAGGGGCCCGCUUUGUGCUGUCCCAGAAAAGGCUGUGCUGCUACCCGGACACCCGCCUGGGCAAGCUGGCUGUAGUGGUGUCAGCUGCCCGGGACGUUGCCUCCAGCCUCCUGGAUCUCUGUGAUGAUGCCAAUUUGGUGGAGAAUGAAUAUUUCUUUGAUCGGAGCUCUCAGGCAUUUAGUUACAUCCAUAAUUAUUACCAGACGGGCCGGCUGCACGUGAUGGAUCAGCUCUGUGCACUUUCCUUCCUGCAGGAGAUCCAGUAUUGGGGGCUGGAUGAGCUCAGCAUUGACUCCUGCUGCAGGGACAGGUACUUCAGGAGGAAGGAACUGAGCGAAGCCUUGGAUAUCAAGAAAGAAGCUGAAGCUCUCGAUGCCCAAGAAGAGGAAGAGGACUUCUCCGGGAGCCUCUGUCCCAGAUUCAGGCAGAAGCUUUGGGAGGUAUUGGAAAAACCUGGGUCUUCUGUCGCUGCCAGGACUUUUGGCACCAUCUCCAUGGCCUUUGUCGUCAUCUCUAUUGCCAACAUGGCCCUCAUCUCUGUGGAACUGAGCUGGCUGCCACCACAGCUCCUUGACAUCCUGGAGUACGUGUGUAUUGCCUGGUUCACAGGAGAGUUUGUCCUGCGUUUCCUGUGUGCACAGAAGAAAUUCUACUUCAUACGGAAUGUAGCAAACAUCAUAGACCUGCUGGCCAUUUUGCCCUUCUACAUCACUCUGGUAGUGGAGAGCUUGCGUGGAAGACACAGCUCCCAGGAGCUGGAAAACAUGGGGCGUAUUGUUCAGGUGUUAAGGCUGCUGAGGGGUCUGCGCAUGCUGAAGUUGGGCCGGCAUUCAACAGGUUUGCGGUCCCUGGGCAUGACCAUUGCCCAGUGCUAUGAAGAGGUAGGCAUGCUCCUGCUUUUCCUCUCUGUGGGCAUCUCCAUCUUCUCCACCAUGGAGUUCUUUGUCGAGCAAGGUGUCCACGGCACAACCUUCACAAGUGUGCCCUGUGCUUGGUGGUGGGCUACGACAUCCAUGACGACAGUUGGUUACGGAGACAUUAGGCCGGAUACAACCAUCGGCAAGAUAGUGGCGUUCAUGUGUAUAUUGUCAGGAAUUCUCAUUCUGGCUCUGCCAAUAGCCAUCAUCAAUGACCGCUUUUCUGCCUGUUACUUCACGCUGAAGAUAAAGGAAGCUGCUCUCCGACAGCGUGAAGCCUUAAAGAAGCUCACGAAGAACAUGUCCAGUGAUUGCACCGUCAAUGUUAAUUUGCGUGACGUCUAUGCUCGAAGUGUCAUGGAUGUGCUGAGGCUAAAAGGCCGGGACAGAACAAGCACUAGGAGCAGUGGUGGUGAUGAGUUUUGGUUUUGAUUUCUUAAAAAA